AUUCAUUAACACGUUAUGCCACGUUACUUUCACCAUAUACGUGGUGCGUAUAGUUGUAGUGUUUGUAGCCGUUUCAUUGGUGCAACAAAAGAGUCGAUCUCAUCUGAAACGUCGUUUGUAGAAUUGGACACAAAGGGCGCUGUGGGCGGAACCGCGAGAUACUUCUUUUGCUCGCAGUAAGAAGACAUAAAAAAAGAAGAAAGAAAAAGAGGUCUUGACAAUUUUGAUUGCAAAAUCAAUUUGAUUUGAAGGGAGAAAAGAUGAGAAUGCGGUCAAUAAUGUUAAAAUGAUUAGAGCAGCCUACUCAGUUGGCUGUUUUUGUGCUGCGGAGCUGCAGAUGAAAAUUUUCAAUUUUGAGACCAUAUACAGGAAAACGACAGCCAGACUCGGCAAAAGUAUGAAAAAGCAAAUAAAAUUCACCGUUAAACAGCUACUAGAAGGCUCAUGUUAGACCGAAACGUUAGUGCAGGCAGAGGUGCAGGUCUAUGGUGCAGGCGAUAGCGCAAGUCUACAGAUGACUGCAGCCACGUCUCACAAAGAACCCUUCUGCCCUCUUGCGUUUGCAAACGUUGCCAAGCCGGAGAAUUUGCUAGUGUUGUUACUGAGGUACUGCGUUUGGACGGUCUUGCCUGUACUUGCCGCGAAAGUUUCAAUUUGCAUUUGCCUCGCGUCUUUUUCUCUUUAUUCUAUGGUAGCGUUGACAACGUCACACUGUAAACCUAGGUGAUAUGAUUAAAAAAGGAAAAUCAUGAACUUCACGGAGUUCGACUCGAAACAACGACUUGGUGUAUUAGGCCGACUAAAUCAGUAGUGAAGAAAUUCAUAAACAAAAGAACAUGAGCUUUACAGAGUGUGACUCGGAGCAGCACCUUGUGAGCACGUCCUUUCUCAGCGGGUUAAGUCCACUCAACCAGACUGGAUCGAUUUCCCUCAUCGAGAGAGUGAAAGAAAAGCUUCGGGAAAACACGCGGAAGUUGCUGUGCCUCCCUCUCACGCCGCACCAAACGCUGCCAGAGUCCCUGUGUGAAGAUACAUUUUUCGGUUUGCCAGUUAUUGUGCGCAGCUUGAUCGAGUUGCACCAUGGCAUCACACAGCUGUACGAUUGGCAGAGGGAAUGCUUGAGCCUUCCUGCUCUCAGUCAGAGGAAGAACCUCAUCUACUCGCUUCCCACAAGUGGAGGCAAGACUCUGGUCGCAGAAAUCUUGGCCUUUAAGGAGAUACUGUGCUGUCGCAAAAAUGUGCUCUUCAUUCUACCGUAUGUGUCCAUUGUUCAGGAGAAGGUGCGGUCCAUGUCGAGCUUUGGAGUAGACCUCAACUUUCUCGUGGAAGAGUAUGCAGGCAGUAGGGGUGCCCUGCCACCUCCGAAAAGAAGGCAGCGUUGUGCUGUCUACUUUGCCACCAUUGAGAAGGCACACUUUCUGGUGGACUCGCUGAUUGAACAGAACAGACUGAGCGAGCUGGGCCUGGUUGUGGUUGAUGAACUGCAUAUGCUGGGUGCUGGGAGCAGCAGGGGAGCCAUACUUGAAAGCACGCUUGUGAAAGUCAAGCACAUCUCCCCACUCACUCAUAUUGUGGGCAUGAGUGCUACUAUUGGAAAUAUGGAUGACCUUGCUUCCUUUCUUGGUGCUGAAGUUUUCGUUGGAUCCUUUCGCCCGGUUGAGUUGAGGGAGUACAUCAAAGUGGAAGACUACAUCUUUGAACAGCAGGGAAAAUAUGAAGAGGAACCCUUUCGGGUUGUCCGCAAGCUUCCUAAGCAAGGCCAGAUGCAGGACCCCGAGCAGCUGUCUCUUCUGGUUGCAGAGACAGUGCCACAGCACUCGUGUCUCGUCUUCUGCCCAACGAAGCAGAACUGUGAGAGUGUGGCGCUGCUUCUGGCUCGUUUCCUGCCUCAGUCAUUACUGGACCAUAGGCGUGAGCAGAAGGAAGCUUUGCUACAGACACUGCGAGCAGAAGUAGGCCAGGUUUGUCGGGUCCUGCGGCAGACGUUGCCCAUGGGUGUGGCUUACCAUCAUAGCGGGCUGACGGUGGAGGAGCGCCGCAUUGUGGAGGAUGCAUACACUUCUGGUGUGCUCUGCUGUCUCACGUGCACCUCAACUCUGGCAGCUGGUGUCAACCUACCAGCCAAGAGGGUGAUCCUCAAGUCGCCCUACACUGGCACUGAGUUUCUUACUCGAAGUGUCUAUCAGCAAAUGGCUGGACGUGCUGGGCGGGCAGGCAUUGACUCAUCUGGAGAGAGCAUCCUCAUCGUACCCAAUAAAGAUAAAGAAAAGGUGCGGAGGCUUCUGGAGGCUCCUAUUGACAGCUGCUAUUCCAAUCUUCUUCAAGAUGAACAGAAGGUCUUGAAAAUGUUGCUACUCAGUUUGAUAGGACUGCAAGUUGCCAAGUCCGAAGACUCUCUUGCCGAAGUGAUGGAUGCAACACUACUUGCCCUACAGCAACGAAAAGAGGGAAAGGACCCAUCGCAAACUCUGCACCAAGUUCUUGACGACCUGAUUACAGCUGACCUUAUCUUGAAACACAGUUCUACUGGAGAGCUACGUGCUACCCCACUUGGAUGCGCUGCUUUCAAAGGCUUUAUAGACCCAUCCAUCGCGAGCACUCUGCGUCAAGAGCUCUGGGCAGCACUGUCCUCCCUGUCCCUGCGAUGCCCCCUGCACCUGCUGUACUUGGUCACACCAAGGCAGCUGCCCACUGGCAGGCUUGAUCCCCCAGCCUACUACCGCUUGUACGAAGAUCUGAAAGAAAAUGAGCUUCAGGUGGCUGAACUCAUAGGGAUUACAGAAGCCCUCAUCACCAGACUGGCCAGCGGUGGCUCACUCAAGACUGGUGAGCAGCUGCUGCUGCAGAGCUUCUACAAGACCAUGCAAUUGAACGACCUGUGGAACCAGAAGAGCAUCUGGGAGGUCGCUGCCAAGUACAAGGAACACAGGGGCCAGGUGCAGACGCUGCUGGCAUCUGCUUCCACUUUUGCUUCAGCACUGACCCACUUCUGCAAGGAGCUGCCUGAGCUUUGGGCUUACAGGUUACUGCUGCCAGAGUUCACAGAGCACCUAUCAAACUGCGUCACCAUGGAACUCAUCCCUUUGAUGGAGCUACCAAGCGUCAGGAAGGGCCGUGCCAGGCAGCUUCACAAGGCAGGGUUUCGUUCUAUAAUGGAUGUAGCCUGUGCCGAUCCGAAGGAGCUGGCCGAGAAAGUGGGCCCUAUUUCACGUAGGCAAGCCCGUCAGAUUGUCGAUGCAGCCAAGAAAGAAGAUCUGCGUUCUGAAAAAUAACUUUCCAAGUCCUUUUUAGACCUCCAUCUCUCAAGCUAUUAAUAUAAAUUUGACACCCGCCAAACAUUCAGCACUUUCAGCAUUUAUAUCAAUAAAAUUGCAUCUUUUUUGUGUUACAUAGUGGUUCAAAUUUACUGAAAGGAAUGUUGUACACUGUGGAUAACAAAAACGUCCUCAUGAGGUCCCCUCAGUCCCUACACAAUUUUUUUCAUAUGUGUAUCACGCAAUAACAGCUAGACAGAAUUAUGUGCAACCUUGCCAAAUGUAAUGGCUUUUUUUCAUCUCAAUAUGUACAGCCAGAUGCAGACUGAACAUAAACUCGAGAGGCCAAAACACGGUGAGAGAUGGCCAAGGCAAGACAGCCUGUCCAUUGCUUCCCGUUUUCCACUCCUGCCCUGUCAAGACUGUACAAGACAUACAGCAACAAUUUAAUGACCUGCAAUCACACAGUUAUGGCUUUGUGUCACGAACUACAAGUUUGCUUGAAAUAGAUAAAUAAGACAGAAAACAUGGCAAAGUUCAAACUAAUCCUGCGUACACUAGACAUCUGCUAGAAGCAAGUAAACUCGUACAGCAAAAGCUGCAGCAGGUGGGUCUUAUCAGACUUGAAAAAGCAAAA